UUUUUUUCAUAUAAAUUUAACUUAUCAAAAUCCAUCAAUGUGAAAUAUUUGAGCACAAUAAAAUCUAUUGUAGAGCAAAAUUGUACUUUUGGCUGUGUGAAUUUUACCUUUUUCUUAAUUCAAAUAAACAACUUUUUUGAAAACCUAAAAAUCAACAGUUUUUCAGUCUUGAAAAAAAACCAAUUGAAUUGGUUUACCUCCGGCAGAUUUUAACAAACAAAAUCUACGGACAUAAAAAUGGAUUCCAAAUUAUUUGUUUUUCUGGCUUUGGUCUGCUUGAUCUUUCUUAUAAAAGUGGAAUGUUAUAAAAUUGGUGUAGGACGUGGUGACGUCACUGGACCACCAGUGGAAAUCGGAUUUAUGGGCUUUGCCAGUCUAAAACAAAGAGGUCAUGGAAUUCAUACUCGCCAGUUUGCUCGGGCAUUUGUUGUGGAAGAUGAUAAUAAUCGACGAGUUGCAUUUGUUUCUGUUGACGCCGGUAUGAUGGGUUAUGCCGUGAAAAGAGAAGUUCUUAAACGACUGCAACAAAGAUAUGGGGAAACUUAUACAGAGGAGAACUUGGUCAUCAGUGGAACACAUACGCACAGUGCCCCUGGUGGUUUUUUAAUGCAUCUUUUAUAUGAUAUUUCCAUACUAGGAUUCGUACCACAGACUUUUGAUGCCCUAGCUUUGGGUAUUUAUUUGAGUGUCAAACGAGCUACCGAUAACAUGCACGUUGGACGCAUGUAUCUUUCACAAACCGUUAUUUUGAAUGCUAACAUUAAUCGAUCUCCCAGUUCAUAUCUUCGUAAUCCUGAAGAAGAACGUGCUCAAUAUGAACAUGAUGUUGAUAAAACUUUGACGCAGCUACGUUUUAUUGACAUGGAAGAAAACCUACUUGGUGUUUUCAAUUGGUUUGCAGUGCAUGCCACUUCGAUGAACAAUACAAAUCAUUUGGUUUCGAGUGACAAUGUUGGAUAUGCUUCCAUUUUAUUAGAAAAGGAAUACAAUGCUAAUAAAGUUCCUGGAAAGGGCAAAUUUGUUGGCGCUUUUUGUUCUUCUAACUUGGGUGAUGUAUCACCAAACAUAAUGGGACCAAAGUGUUCCAUCAGUGGAAAUGACUGUGAUUUGUUAUCUUCUAAGUGCGGUUCCAAAGAAGGAGAAUGCUUUGCCUCAGGACCUGGUCGUGAUAUGUUCGAAAGUACCGAAAUAAUUGCUAACCGACUGUAUGUAGGUGCACUGCGACUCCUACACGAUAAUGGAGGUCGUGAAGUAACUGGAGAUGUAGCAUUUAUUCACCAAUUUCUUGACAUGCCCAAAUAUAAUGGUUCAACAUACAAUUCCCUUACAAGGAAGUUAGAUAAAGUUCGAGGAUGUGAGCCCGCUAUGGGAUAUAGUUUUGCAGCUGGUACCACAGAUGGACCGGGAGCCUUCAAUUUUGAACAGGGAACUUUAACUGAAAACGCUAUGUGGAAUGCUGUUCGUGAUUUUAUUGUUCCUCCAACGGAAAUUGAUAUUUUAUGCCAUUCACCAAAGCCUAUUUUGUUAGCCACUGGAAGGGCAACUUUCCCCUACGAAUGGCAGCCAAAAAUUGUUUCAACGCAAAUUUUGAAAAUUGGUGAUGUUAUCAUUACCGCUGUUCCUGGAGAAUUUACGACUAUGGCCGGUCGACGACUUAGAAAUAAGGUUCGAGCCGUUGCUGCUGCUGCUGGUGGCUCAGAAAAUGAUGUUAUUCUUGCCGGUUUAUCAAAUAUGUACACAAGUUAUAUAGUAACACCAGAAGAAUAUCAGGCACAACGAUAUGAGGCUGCAUCUACAAUAUUUGGUCCUCAUACACAUACAAUUUACAUGGAUCAGUAUGAGAAACUGACAAAAUCCCUCAUUAAAGGUGAAAUGGUUCCUCCUGGCCCAGAACCACCUUACAUGAAUGAUAGAAUGCUUUCAUUGAACACUGGUGUCAUUUUUGACGGUCAUCCCAUCGGAAAGGACUUUGGAACAGUUAAAAUGGAGCCAGAGGCUGCAUAUGGUGUUAACGAUACUGUUAAGGUUACCUUUAUUGCUGGAAAUCCAAGAAAUAAUAUUUUCCAUGAAAAGACAUACUUUGUAGUAGAAAGAAAGGUAAAUGAAGAACGCUGGAAAGUGGCACUUACCGAUGCCAAUUGGGAAACUAGAUUUGAUUGGGAAAGGAUAUCUUCUAUAUUGGGAUUCAGUGAUUUUCAUAUCUAUUGGAAAAUUGGUCCAAAUACUUUGCCAGGAGAGUAUAGAAUUCGACACUUUGGCAACUACAAGUACAUAUUGGGAGGUAUUUUCCCAUAUGAAGGAGUUAGCCGAACUUUUUCUGUGUCAGAUGAGUAAACAUAAAGUUUUGAUAUCUAAGAGACUGAUAAGUGGAAAAAAGCCACUUGUAUUAAGCGAGCGGAACCAAAUUUAGUGUAGAAGAAAUAAAAAAUAC